GAAAAUUAUGAUUGUGGAACAUCCCUGAUAUUGCCAGGUUUACAGCAGCGUUUGCAAUCAGUGUGGGUAAACAACCUCACCUGUCACAUGUCAGUUUUGCUGAAAGGAUCCAUGAAUACGAUCGUCAACCGUGUUAUUGCUGAUGUGCAACAGUACCAAGCGGCUAUAUUGGAUAUAUUAAGUUCAAGAGUGAGCAAUGUUUUUGACAGACAUCCAGAGAUGACCACGCAACUUCAACAUGAGGCUCUAAAUACUUUUGGUAGUUUCAUAGAUCCUUUUUCCACAAUAGGAUGUGGACAAAUAGAACUAUCUGAAAACUUUUCAGUCCAGUCAACUGAGAGGAAAAUGUUCUCCAUGUUGAACACUGUACCACAGAGAAGUAGAGAAGGAUUCUUUUAUGACUUUUCUUAUGGAGCCCUCUUUAUAUCUCAUCCUUUAUAUUCUGUAAGGCCUAAUGUUUUUCAGAUCAUUCUGGACUCAGACGACAUAGAAAUUUGUAACCCCUAG